AUGAAGAAUCAACAACGCCAAUACAACAUUCACAAAGCAUUCCUCUUCUGCAACUACAUACUCUUAUCAGCUUCCUCUAGUUGCAUCUUCCUCACACUCUCCCUAAACCUCUUCCCUUCAAUCUGCGGCUUCUUCCUCAUUCUCCUCCACGCAUUCACUAUCGCCGGAGCCGUUUCCGCCUCCGCAUCAUCCUCCCUAACCACCAUCACUCGCUGGUACUCCGCACACAUGGUAGUUACUGUUCUAACUGCCAUAUUUCAAGGUUCGGUUUCCGUGCUGGUUUUCACCAGAACGGAGGAUUUUCUUGCGGAGUUGAAAUCUUAUGUGAGGGAAGAAGAUGGUUCCGUUAUACUGAAACUGUGCGGUGGACUUGCUGGUGUUAUAUUUUUGCUGGAGUGGGUUGUUUUGACAUUGGCGUUUUUCUUGAAGUGUUAUUCUGAUGAAGAUGGUGAUGGUGGUACUAUGAGGAGUGGUAAGGUUCAGAGUGAAGAGGAAUUGAAGACUUGGCCAUGA